ACAGUUGGUAGUACUGUACUCCAUAGACAAGACAAAAUUAUCAUAUGAUCGCUUUUCACAUGACCGAUGGUCUCUCUUCGUCGUCCAUUUUUUGCAUUUUUAUGACAUUUCGGGACUAAAAUCAAAGCUUUUUAGUUCGUAAGAGUCCAUUAGUGUAGUUAAUCGAAAUGGCUUUCAGCCGUACAGUGUUCCUUACAUUAGUUUUAAGUGUAGUGUGCAGUAUAGCGGUUCAAGUGCCUGUCUUUUCAUGGGGUGAUUUGAGCCAAGGGUCCAUCAAAUCAAAUCCCCUGAUUGUGGUCUCUGCAGAUGAGUACAACUCAAUUUUGAAGCAGGACCUGAAGGAUGACCCGUUUACGGUGAUAUUUAUAGAGGAAACCCUCUCAGUGGAAGAUUUUUCACGUAAAAAUGAUGAUGGGGAGACAUCCUUCCCCUAUCUUCACUCCAACAUUGGAGAGGCGCUAUAUCUGCCAUCAGUGGAGAACCCUCUGCAAGUUCUCAACAAAUUAGCCGACCCAGAGAAGGUAAACCAUGUUAAGCUGACAGAGAAUGGGCUUUCUGCCGACAUUGAACCUGAAAGUGGUAAAUUCUUGUUUAUCAACCUGAAAGAUGCCCGCGAAGGUGAGUCCCGAGUGGAUUUGCUUCGUCGGCACAACGAUUUCAUGGAAGAUAUGUUUUCUAAACUCCAAGAACGCUACAAUACUGUUGUUGCCAUAUACACUGCUCAUUAUCCAUCUUGGACUGUCCCAGAAAGCCAUUCGCGAGUGCGUCGUCAAGCUAACGUGUCCCAGCCUCACACCAAUGAUCACAUUUUUGAUGGUCUCCGUAUUUAUGCCGAGAGAAUUGUGUAUAGCGAUAGUAAAAAUGUAACGGAUCUUGGCAACAUUAUUGCUGGCAGUUCUGAGGUCAACACUACGUAUGUGUACACUACUUUAGAAUUCAGUGGGGCACCCGUCAAAUUGGUAUUGAAUUUCAGAAAUGAAGCUGGUUACUGGUUCUUUGACACUGUCACUGUUUUGAAUGGUUCAAGCACGGAGGAUCUGAUGGGCACCACUGAGAUUUAUGCCUUGGACGGGUUCUCGUACCGCUGCGGGGAGAGCAUAACCUUCACGGGUUACAAUGAGACUUCUAAGUAUACCAACGUCACCUUUAUUGAUUUGAAGGUGCAACCUUUCUUCAGCACGCUGAACGCAUCACAGAUGGUGUUCGGUGAUUCGUUCAACUGCGUAGGUUUCUUCUCCGUACCGAUAUGGUCGAGCCUGUUCGUGGUGUUCAUUCUGCUGUCCAUCACUUUCUACGGCAUCAUGAUGAUGAUGGACAUCAGGACUAUGGACCGCUUCGACGAUCCCAAAGGGAAGACCAUCACCAUCAAUGCCGAGUAACGAGUUACGGGCGUACACAGAGAUUACAAUUAAUGUCACCGCAUCGGAAAGUUUCAAUACAUUUAGUUGCAUUUUAAAAUUAUAUUCACUUUCGGUCUGUAGUCAAAAUAAAACAGUCUGUAUACUAAACUUGUCGUGCAACAAAUUGUUAAAAAACCACCAGUUUGUUCUCGAAAAAUAUUUGACAAAUUAUAUUUUUGGUAUGUAGUGAAAGUGAACAGUCAUUGUAUUUAAACUAAAAGGCGUCUUUUUGCUGUCGAAAAAUUCAAUGUUGAUUAUAGCUCUAUUUUGUAAAUAUUUAAAUCAUAUUAGCUGUGAUCCUCGCAUGUUACCUAUGUCAUACACAAGUGAAAAAGGCUCAAAUAUAUAUUGUAGGCAUACCAUUAUGCACAAGUACAUACAUUUUUUUUAAUUUAGAACCACAGAAAGAAGCCUUUUUCAGCUUCAUUUAAAAUGUGGUGACAUUAAAAUUGCAUUUUGUAAUCUUUAAUUAAGAAUGUUAAUUACAAAAGUCGACGGUGUCGAGAGAAAGCUGUUAAUUAUUGUACAGAAGAAACGCAAUUGUUGAUUAUAGACAAAUUAAAUACUUAUAAGAAUAACAGUACCCCGUGUAUAUCUGUUUCGCGUAUUACCACAAACCACAUUCGAAUCCAUAAUAGUCAUAAAAAACUUCAUCGGGAACCUUGGUCAUAAAAUACAUACUUUAAAAAGCCAAUAAAGCAAUGCGAAAAGAAAAUAAGAAAAUCGAUUUGUGAAAACAAAAGAGAAAUUAUUAUGUAUGUUGAAGUUAAGUUGGAAAAUCUAUGACUGUCAUACCGACUGCCGCUGUGAAUAGUAAGAGUUGUAUAGAAAGUAUUAUUUAUGUCCCAUAAAAUGAGAGUUUCUACAAUAAGCAAAGUCCUGACUUUAAUUUCACAUGGAAUAUGAGAAUUUACAUACUGAGGGUAGUUUCACUGCUCGCUAAAAGUGUAUCGUUUA